AUGCCUACCAACCAUACCCAAAAAUCGCAUGACUUACAAUUUUCAAAUGGAACGCAGACAUUUACGUACAAUUACCAUAAUUACAAAAUUGAAAACAUGGAUUUCGACGAAACAAGUUUCACCGUAAAAUGCAACAAUAAGGUUAUACUGAUCGGAAAUAAUUCUCCGCGACUUAAAGAAAUCAUUCGCUAUGACGGUACUGAUUAUCACCGGGAUCCUGAAACAAUGAUGUAUCAGAAAAAUUGA